UAAGAAAGUAAGAAAUCGAUUUAUAUCGAGAUGAGUGCACAAAUACAACAAGAAUCGCAAGAUUCAUGGGGUAGUGAAGAUGAUGAUGAUGAUGAUGCAAAGUCAUCGCUUUCGGUAGAUAAAUUAUUGGUGAAUGAAUCAUCGAAAGAGGAGGAGCAAGGAAAGGAAACCUUAAUAUCCGCAUGGUCGCUAUUCUUAGACGGAGGCAUUAUUCUCGAAGUUGGCGUUACACUGGACGAGUACUUUUUCGAUUCCAUCGUGCAAAUAUCAUGUCCUCCGCAUUAUGAAGACCAGUAUUUACAAUUUGAGAGUUGCGAAUGGAAAGAAAUAUUCAAUUUUAAAACGGAACACUUAAUUAAACAUAUGGUGCAGUGUACGCCUAAAAGAAGGAGCAAGCAUGAAAUUUUUACCCAGUCCAAAAUAAUAAUACUUGAAGCGGAAGAAGAAGAAGGCGUUAGAUGUAUUCGAAUAAGCGAAUCAGAUAAAUCUAUACUAUUUUCCAAGCAAGCAGUCGAUAUGAUAUUUAACGCUUCCGAAGUGAUUACUCAAAAACUGAAUGUCGUCAAUCACUAUGCGAUGUAUUGUCUUUAUGAUGACUUUACGCGUGAGUUGGCAAAAAUUCUACAUACCGAAGGUGUUACUAGCGAAGAGAGCAUUUUAUCCAGAGCGAAAAUCAUAUGCCAAAAUCUCAAAUUCUUAACAUCGCUAUGCAGUUGGAAGGAAAAGUAUGAUAAUUUGCAAGACUUUACUCUUCUAACAGAAAUUGUAAACAUUCACCCUCGAAAAUUUAUAAAUACGGUUGUUAGUAAAAUUAGCAUGUUAAAAUAAAUAAUUUUAUAGCGUAAAAAAUGCUUUUUAUUUAUUCAUACGUAUCGAUACACAACAACUUAUUAUCCACCUAAUGCCGCAUAUACAAUUCAAUUUGUUUAUCAAACUUUAAAAGUUUAGCUAAUACAUUAUAUAAUUGCUCCAAUACGCCUUUAUUAGCACAAUGAAUAUUGAAUAAGGAUAGAUCAAUGUCACCUGAUUGAAUUACACGACCUGUAUAUUCACUAUAUUUAUGAAAUUUAUUUCCGGUGAUAAAGUAUAGGUAUCCAUCCAUGUAUUUGAAUAUAGAAGUUAUCUUAGCCGGAAUAUCCGGAAAGGUUUCCGCAUAUAUUAAGCGAUUUUUAGGCCGAUGACUACAAUCAUCCAAAUCUAGCAGUUCAUUUGCACCAUGAUAAAUAAGCGUGCAUCCGGUAU